AUCACAAGUUACAAACAGUUCAUUCAAUUUUGUUUACCAAAUACCUUGAAAACAAUAAAUACCACUCAACAGUCAAUAGUCAACAACUACCACAACCACAACCAAAUUCAAAACCAAAAUCUUUCCUCUAUAUGAUCAUACAUGAUUUAUAUAUUUUAGCUUCGUAAUCUCAAGAUUCACUUGUAUUCCAUAUAAGUCACCAUUUCCGAUGAAAAAGCAAGCAUUAUUUAUGGUUUUCUUUUUCCUCUUGAGCUCCAUUUCGGAUGCAAGAUUUGUAGUUAGCAAAUCGACGAAAGUGAGGAAUCACAAGCGCCAGAAAUUAAAGCUCUUUGUGUUCGGAGACUCAUACGCCGACACUGGAAACUGGCCAAAAUCAUACGGCGGUGCAUGGGGAAAACCGUAUGGUAUCACUUUUCCGGGUACUCCCUCCGGCAGGUUUUCUGAUGGCCGUGUACUCACUGAUUACAUUGCUGCAAUUUUGGGUACGAAGUCUCCAAUAACAUAUAGAGGGUGGAAAUCUGGUGAGAAAAAAUCAAUGAAAUAUGGGAUGAAUUUUGCAUAUGGAGGAACAGCAGGAAAUGACUAUGCUACCUACUGCACAUCAAAUCACACCCUCAAGGAGUUGCCAGGGUUAACGCAAUCAAUAAUCAACCAACUAGUUUUGAAUGCGAAACGCAUUCAUGAGUUGGGAGUUGAAAAGAUAGUAAUCACUACAUUGCAACCACUCGGAUGCUUGCCUCAGUUCACAUCGUCUGAAUCGUAUCAGAACUGUAGCAACAAUGCGAAUUCUAUAGCUAAGUUCCAUAAUCAACUGCUCAUGGAAAGCGUGAAGAAGUUGAACAAUGAGAGUGAUAAUCACAACACAUCACCAUUUGUGAUUUUAGAUGUCUACCAAGCUUUCUUGUCUGCUCUAAAUUUAUCCGCUGGGGGUUCAAAGUUACUAAGACCGUGUUGCCAAGGUGUCACUAAAGAAUACUUUUGUGGAAAUGUCGAAAAGGGUACCGGGGUAAUGAAAUAUAAUGUUUGUGGAAACGUUAGUGACUCAUUUUUCUGGGAUAUGAUACACCCUUCGCAGCAAGGGUGGCAUACAGUUUCUUCAAAUUUACGCUCUUCUCUUCUCCAACUUCUGUAGCAUGUAAUCGUUGGUUGUGAAGACUUGAUAUGGGUGUUUGUUGCGUAUUCUAGAGAUUCUAUAUCCGAUUUAGAGGUGGUAAUCUUGAGGAUAUAUGUAAGGGAAUCCCUAUCAGUGUAUUGAAUUCUAUAGAGUUUAAUGGAUUGAUACGCUUAUUAUUAUAUACUUUAUCUUUUUUUUUUCCCC